AUGGUUUUACCAAAUUAUAAGAUUGGUAAAACUCUUGGACAUGGAUCUUUUGCCACUGUAAAAUUAGCAGAUCAUGUAGUUACUGGACACAAAGUUGCUAUCAAAAUCCUUAAUCGUGUUAAGAUUAAGGACAUCAAAGUAUAUGAAACAGUGCAAAGGGAGAUCAAAAUUCUCAGAUUUUUGAUGCAUCCUCAUAUCAUCCGUCAAUAUGAAGUUAUAGAGACACCAGACGACAUUUACGUUGUAAUGGAAUAUGUUAAGUCCGGAGAACUAUUUGACUAUAUUGUACAGAAAGGUAGAUUACAAGAAGACGAAGGUCGCCUUCUUUUUCAGCAGAUCAUAUCUGGUGUAGAGUAUUGUCAUCGCAAUAAGGUCGUUCAUAGAGAUCUCAAACCGGAGAAUAUCCUUUUGGAUUCGAAACGUAACAUAAAGAUUGUAGAUUUUGGCUUAAGUAAUGUCAUGCAAGAUGGCCAUUUUUUUAAAACAAGUUGUGGAAGCCCUAAUUAUGCUGCUCCGGAGGUUAUUUCAGGAAAACCAUAUGCUGGACCAGAAGUAGAUAUAUGGAGUUGUGGAGUGAUAUUAUAUGCCCUAUUGUGUGGUAGGCUUCCUUUCGAUGACGAAAAUAUCCCUAAUCUGUUUAACAAAAUAAAGAGGGGAGAGUAUACUCUUCCAGAUCAUUUAUCAUAUGCUGCUAGAGAUUUGAUACCGAGGAUGCUUAUGGUUGAUCCUAUAGUAAGAAUUAGCAUUCCUGAGAUUCGACAACAUCCUUGGUUCAAUAUCCAUAUUCCUCGUUAUCUUGCGGUUCCUCCAUUAGACAUUUCAGCACAAAAGUUUGAUGAGGAGAUCAUUCAAGAAGCAGUCAGCAUAGGAUUUGAUAGAAAAGAGAUUGUGGAAUCUCUUUCCAAUAGAAUCCAAAAUGAGGCUACAGUUACAUAUUAUAUAUUACUUGACAAUCGACGUCGUGUUCACGGUGACUAUUCCCAAUCCAAGUUCAAAGAUACAUUGGAUGGUACUUUUGAUUCGACGCUUCACAUGGCUGCUUCACAAGUUGGCUAUUCGUUUCCUGCAUUGGUUGAUAACCAUAGGAGGACGACUGGACUAGGAUCACGUAUCAAAGUUGACAAAAAGUGGACCCUUGGACUUCAGUCUCAAGCGCAUCCUCGUGAAAUCAUGAAUGAUGUUUUCAAGGCUCUUCAAAAUCUUAAAGUGUUUUGGAAGAAGAUUGGAGACUACAACAUAAAAUGCAGAUGGGUUCGAAUUCAUAACAAUAAUAUCUCCGAAGAUAACAUGAUUGAGGAUGAUGAAUGUGCCAUAAUCUCACCAACCGUCAUCAAAUUUGAACUUCAGCUAUACAAAGUAAGUGAAGGCAAGUACUUGUUGGACAUUCAGAGAGUAGAUGGACCUCAAUUUAUCUUCUUAGAUCUAUGUGUCGCCUUUCUCACCGAGCUAGGUGUGAUGUGA